AUGGCAGCAACAUCGCAAUUAUCAACGUCUGUAUCGACAGAAGGCAUUAGUAAUAGAUCGGUGGUAACCUGUGCUACGAGACCUAUUUUAUGUCUACCUUCCACGGCACAACCAAUACCAUUGCCAGUGCUGAAACUCGAAAUGAAUACAAAUUUAAAUAUCCCACCCUUGAAUGCAUGGUGUGGUGAAGUCUACAACGAUUUUUGGACAAAAUCUUCUAAAUGUCAUAGAGAUUAUUCUGGAAAGUUUUCAGAAAAUAAAAGCUAUACUAAACAGUGGUGGUUCAAUGCUCGGAAUAAAGACUGUUUUGAGAGUCUUCGCCUUAGUGAUUGCUAUAUCGAUGCCAUAGUUGGUGGCAUUGACGUUGUAGCUGAAGCAGAAACACUGAAAAAAUUAAUUGCUGCACCAUUUUCGAAGCAACCCUUAAAUUUAAUUGUUCAUAAAAUUGGUAAAACACUGUUGCUUGAUAAUUGUGCGUACCUUAAAAAUUACAGCUAUACCAAUAAAUCCUCGGGUUCUUCUUCUGUAGCGGCAUUUUUGAAUUCUAAAUCUCGGUGUCUUGUUGGUACUGAUAACACCGAAACCACAACUGGGACUACAACGGGUGAAAUAAUAGCUGACAUGCAUCGAAAAAUGAUAGCAGAGAAUCUGUAUACCAGAAGCUUAGCACCAUUGGAUUAUAAAACUGUUAGUGAACCACAAGAUGAUUUGAUGGAUCCAAAUAUGGACCGAGUAAAUGAAGCAUCAAAAGCGGUCAGUGAAGUUGGUGGUCUAGUUGAUCCGUUGGAGAAUUAUCCAUAUUGUAAAAUAGUCGAUGAUGGAAGGGUUGAAUUGGAUGCUUACGGUCGGUUAUGGAAUUUUUAUGAUCUGAACAUGCUCGUAGAUAUCAAUUUGCCCAUAUUUGGUUGCAAAUCAAAUCCUUGUGUCACUUUACAUCCUAAAGAUCUCAAACAUCGUCCAAUUAAUUUUUUGACUGGAGUUGAUUUAUAUUUGGAUCAGUCAAUGUGUAAUGCACCUGAAGCAUUACUUUGCUGGCAUUUAGGUGGCUUUGAAUAUGAAUUAAUACGCACCGAGGACAUACCACAUUUGGAAAAUUCAAAAUUUGAUCCACUCAUUUUAAGAAAUGUUACUGAGAAUAUAAUUGCAUUUUUACAAGAUAAAGUAGCUCAAGAAGGACAUACAUACUGGUUAUGCCAUGAUAGAGGAGACAGUGAUCGUGAAUCAAUGUUGCGAUUAUGGGAUUUGACUCCACUGUGCGGUGAUUUGCUGGAAGACUCAACUGCUAAUCCAUUCACAUUGAGUGUGGCAAUACUCAUCUAUAAAGUAGCUCGCAAUCUUAUGCGACGUUCAGCUCAUAAACGCCCUAAACGUAUUGCUAAUGCUGCAUUUCGGUUGCUAAAUGUUUGCUUAGGUAUUAUUGAUCAACAAAAACAUCCACAGAUAGUGGCAUGCGUUUACUAUUUACUAGCAAACUUGUAUCUGUCUUAUGGUGAUGACGCAAUUAAGCGCAGUCCUGGUCAGGAAGAAGAGUUAGAACUUUCUGAACCUCAGUGGGCCUAUGAUGAUAGGUGGCAGCGAGAAUAUGGCGAGGAGUACGAUAGUUACGCAGCCAUUUCUAUUGAAUCAUUGAAAAAGUCUCGGUACGCAGUGGGUAAACGGAGUAAACCACCCAAAUUACGAACGUUACCGAACUGUGCAACUAAGGAAGAUUGCUGUAAGGAAGCUUUAGAGCACUGCUUAGAGGGCUUAAGAUACAUGGAUCUGUUUGAUCAAGUGGAACAGGAGUCUCAGUGCUUUGGGAAACCUUUGCCUGAUCCGAUGUCUUUUAUUCGAGACAUGCAUGCAAAUAUUGAUCAUGGUAGAGAAGAAGCGGAUGCAGUGCUCAAAGUGGAUGUUCGUUCUUUGUUAUUUAUUCGGGCAGGAACUGCUUAUCGAAUGUUAGCAGAUAGCUCUUUCAUUUUAUCAAGAUACGGUCGAACAUUAAGAUUUGCACGUGUCGGACUCUACUGUUGCCUUGCAGUGCUGACUUUAAAUGCUGGUAUUACUUCCGAACACGGUCUAAGAAAUUUGGCUACUGCACGAGCUUUAAUUCCUGCUAUGAUGUGUCAUAUUGCUGAAGCACUUGGGAAUAUUGCGUGUAGUUCAUUACCAAUUAAAGAUCAAGCUAAGGCUGAUCUGAAACGUUGCUAUCGUGAUCAGCAAAUCAAAUCUCAAGCAUUAGUUUGUUUGAAUGCUGAUGGUCGUCCGUAUAGUUGGGCAUUUCCCAAGACUUUUGACAUGCCAUUUCAUGAAUUGUUGACGAUUUCGGAACGUGCAGCAAAUAUAGCUAUUUCAAUGUGUGAAAAAAUCGCUCCAAUGUCUUUGUUUCUGCCUACAGCAAAUGCUAUCUUAUAUCGGGAAGAGCUAUCUCGUCGCUUAGAUACGAUGCAACAAUAUUUGGCGAUGGAUAUUAACGUGUCAGACAUAAAAGAUGAUGAUAAUGAUGAAGAAAACUGCAAUAUUUCAGAACCUGAAAAAUUGGUGAAAAGAACAGUUAAAACUGGCAAGGAACUUCUUUUGCAGGGCAUUUCGCUUUUUAAUUCGGUUAAUGAUCAUGUCAAUGAAGCAUUUCUUUUAUCGAAUAUUGGCCAAUUAUAUCGUUUACAAUUGCAUUGUCAGAUGUACUUUACCGAUUUCAAUCUACCCUAUGAUCCAGAAAAAGAAAAAUACUGCGUUCUGCAGGCCAUAGAAUAUUAUCAGCAAGCAUUAACUGCUGUUGAUGAGCUUCAAAGUAUUCAAAUUCCACUUUUCGAAAGUAUUAGCAAAGAUUUGGCUGGUACUUACCUCACUUAUGCUAUAAGAUUGCAAGAUAAUGUACAACCAGGAUUAGUGAACUCUGGUUCCCAAAAAUUGGCAGUUGAAAUACGCGAAUUUUUAGUGCGUGCUCAGUCGGCUUACACAUUAAUUCGUGAUUCGUCGAAAUGUUCUCCAAAAAUGCGUUUUAUGGCUGAUCGGUCAAUUGUUGACAUCCUCUUUAGAUUUGGUAAAUUAGCGCAGCAUGGACUGGUAGGCGUGCAAUACUGUCGCUUAUCUCGUAAGCUUAAAGAUAACGAACGUCAAGCAGUCGAUCACUACCUUUCCUGUUUCAACUACGUUAUGAAAAAAAUUAAAGGUACUACGACUGCCAAGUCUGUUACGACAGAAAACUUAUGUUUACAGGAAUGUAUGAUAGCUUUAAAAGCAAUUGUUGAAAGUAUCAAAUGCUCAGAUAUUGUUGUUCGUAUCUCUGUUACUGAUGUUCGUGUGAAACGUGCGCGUCGAUCCUUAUUUACGUUAUUUAUAACUACGCAACCGUUAUUACAGUAUUUACAUGAGACUGCAGCACAAAAUGAGAAUUUCUUAGUGGAUUUAAACAAUCAACGCGAGAUAUUACAUUCAUUUGUAGAGUACGGCCGUACAAUUGUUAAGGAUGUUUUACAGUAUUUGAUGGAAUAUAAUUAUUCGACGGAUUUGGAUUUAUGGAAAAAUAUUUAUCGUCAGUUGUUGCAAAUAGAAACUGUAGAUAGAUGUUGUAAUAUAUCACAAUUUUUGACUCAAAUAAGUAGCUGUGCGAAAUAUAUAAAUAAUUGCUUCAAAAAGCUGUGA